AUGGUCAAGGAAACUAAAGAACUAGAGCCAGUGACAAGAGACUACACCAUUCACCUUCAUAAGCGUCUCCACCACACCAAUCUCAAAAAGCGAGCUCCUAAGUCAAUAAGAAUCAUCAAAGACUUCGCUCAAAGAGUAAUGAAGACCAAAGAUGUCAGAAUUGACUAUCACUUAAACAACUUUUUAUGGUCAAGAGGCAUCAAGCAUGUACCUUUCAGAGUAAGAGUGAGGAUGGAAAGAAAAAGAACUGAAGAAGAAACUGCUGGAGAAGAGCUUUACACCUUGGUCAGAUAUUUGCCUGUAGACUCAUUCGAAGGACUCAGACCAGAGAAAGUGGAAAGCGAGUAA